GCGUGGACGCACGCGCUUCAUACCUUACCGAAACAUCUCCCCACAAUAACACGCGGUUACGAUCAUAUAUUGUUACUUAAAAACGUACUGUUAUCAAGAAUCGUAGAUCAAGCAGAUUCCGGAGGUUCAAAGUCUACAGGAAUGCCAGCAAAAAAGUUCAAUUGAACUUAAUCAGCUACUCAUAAAUAGUUUAAAGUUACCGUGCUAUUUCUAAUGAAUAGUUAUCGCAGUUUUGUUUGGAGUUAAGUUUGUUAAACUUUAUUAAGUGUUGAACGGUGUUCUAUGGUGAUAAGUCACGUUUGUGCGAGUGGUCCCUGAUAUGCUCCACAAGCAUUAUGGGUAGUUAAAGGAUGCUGCAGUGAUGCAUUGGUGGGUUGUGUUCGCGGCUAUGGCCGUAGCUGCUUCGGCAGUAGCUGUAUCAAGCCCUCGGCGCUGCGCGGGCAGACUGGCCCGGGAGAGACUGAAGGCAGCUGAGAAGAUCCGGGACAAGAGAUACUUCUCGUACCUGUGCUGCACGCCGGCGUGUGGCUCCGGGUAUAGGAAACCCAGGCCUCCACCAGCGAGGCGGUAUCAACCAUUUCAUAGGACGUGGCUUGGACUUAAAUAUGGCUGUAACUGUUCGUCGAUUGGUUCGGAGAGCAACGUGUGCGACAUCAGGACGGGACAGUGUCGUUGUAAGCAACACGUUACGGGCAGGGCUUGUGAUACAUGCGAGGAAGGUUACUGGGGCCUAAAACUGGGUGGUUGUCGGCGCUGCGCGUGCGGCCCGGGCGCGUCGGCCUGCGACCCGGAGACCGGCGCCUGCGCGUGCGCCGACGGAGUGGGCGGCGCGCACUGUGAUACCUGUCUGUCGGGGUACUAUGGGUUCGGACCUGCUGGCUGUUUACCAUGUCCAAGCUGCUCCGACGGCAAGGUGUGCUCGCCGCACAGCGGGCGCUGCGUGUGCCCGGGCGGGUCCAUGGGUGCAGGGUGCAGGCAGUGCGCGCGCGGCUACUGGGCCGUCGGCAAUACUUGCCGGCCCUGCAGCUGUGGAGCUGGGGCUGUGUCUAACAUAUGCGACGGGCACACAGGGGAAUGCAAGUGCCGCGCGGGCUGGGCGGGCGGCACUUGCGAGCAGUGCGCGGCGGGGCACUACGGGCCGAAGUGCCGCCCGUGUCAGUGCCACGCGCCCGGCACGAGGGACUGUGACGACGGACUGUGUCCUUGUGACGAGUGGGGACGAUGUAAUUGUAAGGAAAACGUAGUUGGCGAGAAAUGCGACGCCUGUCUCUCGGGUACCUUCGGUCUCUCUGCUCACAACCCAUCGGGCUGCACCGCGUGCUUCUGCUUCGGACGCGCGGCCGCGUGUACACAGGCGACGCUGUCCCGCGCCGCGCUGCAUGCCGCCGCGCCGCUGCAUGUCACGCUGCAGCGCCCGGCACAGGAUGUCAUCACUACGGCGACGCUGUCCCGCGCCGCGCUGCAUGCCGCCGCGCCGCUGCAUGUCACGCUGCAGCGCCCGGCACAGGAUGUCAUCACUACGGUGAGUUCCCUACAGCUGCCUGUCACAACCCGUCGGGCUGCACCGCGUGUACGGCGACGCUGUCCCGCGCCGCGCUGCAUGCCGCCGCGCCGCUGCAUGUCACGCUGCAGCGCCCGGCACAGGAUGUCAUCACUACGCUGCCUGUCACAACCCGUCGGGCUGCACCGCGUGUACACAGGCGACGCUGUCCCGCGCCGCGCUGCAUGCCGCCGCGCCGCUGCAUGUCACGCUGCAGCGCCCGGCACAGGAUGUCAUCACUACGGUGAGUUCCCUACAGCUGCCUGUCACAACCCGUCGGGCUGCACCGCGUGUACACAGGCGACGCUGUCCCGCGCCGCGCUGCAUGCCGCCGCGCCGCUGCAUGUCACGCUGCAGCGCCCGGCACAGGAUGUCAUCACUACGAUGGACCAAGACUCUCUCCUAGCCAUCCACACACACACUCCUGACCCCACUAUCACUCUCCCUUGGCCUCCGGUCCCCGUGUACGUGGAACUAGACAAGCGGUUUGUGGGGGACCGCGUGACGUCAUACGGGGGAUCCCUGCGGUUCCGCGUCGAAGAGGAGGGGGGAGUGGAGCUCAGUCAUGACGUCAUCAAGAGGUUCCCGCUCGUUAGGCUGUACACGAAGAGUAUUGUGUUGGAGUAUUUUGAGACAAAUCCCGGAAUAAACGGUACCCACUCGGUCCGCCUGCACGAGUCGCUGUGGCACGUGCGUGGCGGCGGGCGCGCGUCGCGCUCGGCGCUGAUGCUGGCGCUGCGCGCGCUGGACAAGCUGCUCAUCCGCCUCACCACGCGCGCGCCCACCAGGACCGAGCACGUGCAUGCGCUCCACUCGGUCCGCCUGCACGAGUCGCUGUGGCACGUGCGUGGCGGCGGGCGCGCGUCGCGCUCGGCGCUGAUGCUGGCGCUGCGCGCGCUGGACAAGCUGCUCAUCCGCCUCACCACGCGCGCGCCCACCAGGACCGAGCACGUGCAUGCGCUCCACUCGGUCCGCCUGCACGAGUCGCUGUGGCACGUGCGUGGCGGCGGGCGCGCGUCGCGCUCGGCGCUGAUGCUGGCGCUGCGCGCGCUGGACAAGCUGCUCAUCCGCCUCACCACGCGCGCGCCCACCAGGACCGAGCACGUGCAUGCGCUCCACUCGGUCCGCCUGCACGAGUCGCUGUGGCACGUGCGUGGCGGCGGGCGCGCGUCGCGCUCGGCGCUGAUGCUGGCGCUGCGCGCGCUGGACAAGCUGCUCAUCCGCCUCACCACGCGCGCGCCCACCAGGACCGAGCACCCACUCGGUCCGCCUGCACGAGUCGCUGUGGCACGUGCGUGGCGGCGGGCGCGCGUCGCGCUCGGCGCUGAUGCUGGCGCUGCGCGCGCUGGACAAGCUGCUCAUCCGCCUCACCACGCGCGCGCCCACCAGGACCGAGCACGUGCAUGCGCUGUAAGUGUUCAUAGCACUAGCCCCGGUACACACGGCAGCCACUCGGUCCGCCUGCACGAGUCGCUGUGGCACGUGCGUGGCGGCGGGCGCGCGUCGCGCUCGGCGCUGAUGCUGGCGCUGCGCGCGCUGGACAAGCUGCUCAUCCGCCUCACCACGCGCGCGCCCACCAGGACCGAGCACGUGCAUGCGCUGCUUCUAAACGUAUCCCUGGACACAGCCAUCCCCGGCCUCAGCCGUUCAGAACCAGCUUUAGGCGUGGAACUGUGCGACUGUCCCCGUGGCUACUCCGCCAGCUCGUGCCAGACGCCAGCCCCGGGCUACUGGCUGCCAGCCCCCGCCGUCCACAUGGCUACGGUGGCUGGCACUAUCGUCAUCAGCUUGGAGGGGGACGCCCAGCCUUGUAUGUGUAACGGCAGGGCGACGGAGUGCCAUCCUGAGACGGGGGAGUGUUUGAACUGCACUAUGGGCACGGGCGGGCCCCGCUGUGCGUCGUGCGCGGCGGGACACUACGGGUCCCCGGGGGCCCCGGGCGGGUGCCAGGCGUGCCCGUGUCCCGAGAGAGCGCGUAACUUCGCCGACGCAUGCGUCGUGCAUCAUGGGAAGGUGCAGUGUUUGUGUAAACCUGGCUACACAGGGCCGGAGUGCGCCGCGUGCGCGGGCGGGUACCGGCGCGCGGGCGGCGCGUGCGUGUCGUGCGGCUGCCACGCGGCCGGCAGUCACUCGCCGCACUGCGACGCGGCCGGACGCUGCCGCUGCCGGGACUUCGCGACUGGCGCGCGGUGCGACCAGUGCAGGCCGUAUAGAACGUACAUGGAUGAAGAUGGCUGUAGACCGUGUGACAACUGCACACUAACACUCCUAGAUUCAGUCGAGGCCCUAACCUCAGAGUUACGCACCAAAGCCGACCCAACAGAACUGUCACGCAUACCAAAACCUUUCGCCGCCCUCCGAGAGUUCUCCCACAACACCACCACAUUCCAAUCUAGUCUCAACCAUCUAAAGAAUAAUCUAGAACAUUCCAAAAACUUAGAAGAUAGACUUGGACAGUUAGAAGAUAUGGAACAUAGGGUCUUUACUGAGGCUAACGCCUUGAAAUCAGAAGCUAAACGACGGGAGAAAGAGGCUGAUUACUUGAGCCUGGAGAGUAUGAGUGCUUUGGAAGAGGUUCUGAAGAUCAGGAGACAGAUCAGUGAGCAGGUGGAAGCAUUAGAUGAGUUCGCGAGAGGAGAGAAGCAUCUGAGUGCGCACAGAGCGCUGAAGGAGGCGAAACAUUUGUUGAGGCAGAUUAAAGACUUGAAGCUGAUCGAUUACGUGACGGGGGCUAAUGAUGUAUUUGAUGCGGCACAUCUCCAAUCAACAUCAGUUCAGGAACGCAACUACCGUCUCCAAGAUACAUACCGCCGUCUCUCCUCACUCCGGUCAGCGCUCGACACCUGGGAGCUCAAGGCUGCUGACCUUCAGAAGCUGGCGGAAACCGUGUGGAAGGCUGAUGAUACCGUGACGGCCUUGAAGGAGAGGGUGAAGCCACGGCUGGCUGCUGUCAGGGAUAUUGGGUUGAGGUGCCGGCUUGUGUUGGAGGACAUAACAACGCUAUCAGCGAACAACAUCACCGACGAGAUCCGGUCCUCGCUCCUGCAAGCGCAGACCCUGGGCAUCAAGUUCCCGACCCUGGCCGCCGAGCUGGCAGUCCUGACCCUGGCUGCGGAGGAGAAGGAGGGCAUCCUGUAUAAUCUGACGCCAGUUUAUAAACAGAAGUAUCUGGAAGCUGUUGAGAAACAUGUCACGGAGUUGGGGGUUAAAGCCAAAGAAUAUAAAAGCCUGUUCGCGGGCAGUCGAGCCGCAGCAUCGCUAGGAGUAUCAGCAGCUCAAGCAUGGUCCCACGUGGCGACGCAAGUGAAAGAAGCGGCUGCCGCCGCCGACGCGGCCAGCAAGGCGGCGGCCGCAGCCACGUCGCUGGCUCAGGGCAACGUGCCCAUGGCGCAUAGUGCUGCUAAGGGCAAGAAUACCUCUGAGGAUUUGAAGAAGAGAGGCGCUGCUGUACUGGCUAAGGCUGAUGAACUCCGCAGCCAACUAGAACACCUCCGCCGCGGUGCUGACGUGGUGAGCGUAGUACUCCGCGGCCUCGGCUGGCAGGAGCGCGAGCUCAGCGGCCGGCCCCGCGCCACCGUACUCCCGACCCUCACGGCCGCCAACGACCAGGCCGACCGGGUGUUCGCCAGCACCAGGGUCCUGUAUGAUGAGGCCAGUGAGCUGAGGAGGCGGGUGCGGUACCAUCUGAGGAGACAGCUGACGGAGUUGCAAAGACAUGGGGAUACGGCGUUAGGAGCUGCGCAGGAGCAUGUAUCCCAAAUCCGCGGCAACACAGUGCGCGGUGCUGAGACGGCAGCGGCACUGGCGGCGGCGGCGGCUGCCCGCGCCCGCCAGCACGCUGCUGCCAGCGCCACACUCGCGCCCGCGCUGCUGGCGCUGCAGCACCAGGUGGAGAGAGCCAGGCAUGCCGCUCAUACGGUCAGUAGUGUCUAUAUGUGUUAUCAUCAGACGGCCGCGGCACUGGCGGCGGCGGCGGCUGCCCGCGCCCGCCAGCACGCUGCUGCCAGCGCCACACUCGCGCCCGCGCUGCUGGCGCUGCAGCACCAGGUGGAGAGAGCCAGGCAUGCCGCUCAUACGGUCAGUAGUGUCUAUAUGUGUUAUCAUCAGACGGCCGCGGCACUGGCGGCGGCGGCGGCUGCCCGCGCCCGCCAGCACGCUGCUGCCAGCGCCACACUCGCGCCCGCGCUGCUGGCGCUGCAGCACCAGGUGGAGAGAGCCAGGCAUGCCGCUCAUACGGUCAGUAGUGUCUAUAUGUGUUAUCAUCAGACGGCCGCGGCACUGGCGGCGGCGGCGGCUGCCCGCGCCCGCCAGCACGCUGCUGCCAGCGCCACACUCGCGCCCGCGCUGCUGGCGCUGCAGCACCAGGUGGAGAGAGCCAGGCAUGCCGCUCAUACGGUCAGUAGUGUCUAUAUGUGUUAUCAUCAGACGGCCGCGGCACUGGCGGCGGCGGCGGCUGCCCGCGCCCGCCAGCACGCUGCUGCCAGCGCCACACUCGCGCCCGCGCUGCUGGCGCUGCAGCACCAGGUGGAGAGAGCCAGGCAUGCCGCUCAUACGAUCUCAGUAUCCCUCACAUCCCCCCCGCUGUCGGCGGCGGGCUGCGCGCGCGCAUACGCGGUGUGGGCGGCGUCGCCCGCCGUGUCGCGGCUCGCACUCGCGCUCUCAUUCGACGGGAAGAUGUCGGACGGACCGCUGCUGUUCCUCAGUGAUGAUACACAGGAAACAGAGAGAUACAUGAAGCUGUCAGUCGCGAACAGCAAGCUGCGGCUGGCGUGGCAGCUGGGGGCGGGCGAGGCCGUCAUCCUGCACCCCGAGCUGCUGCAGGCCACGCACGACGACGCAGACCACACCACUUACAGGGUCGAUAUAGAACGAGUAUGGAACACAGUACACCUUCGUGUCGAGCGUCUCGGCAGCACCUCUACAGCUAACAGCCUGACCUCCGCUUCGAACUCCAGCGCUGCCUCCGCCGGUAGCCUGCAGCCGUCACAGCUGUGGCUGGGCUGGCCCGGCGGCGGCGCCGGCCUGCCAGCUUGCGUACAUGCGCUGUAUACUGAUGAUAGGACUGUGGGGCUGUGGAACUUUGUGCAGCAGCCGAAGGAGGCCCAGUGUACGGGAUGUACGCAGAGAUGGUACAGCGGUCGCGGCGACGAGCCCUCCAUGGUGUGGUUCAACGGCGCGGGCUACGUGGAGCUGGUCCGCUCCCGCGCCCGCCCCGCCGACCGGAGGCAGUUCAGCGUCGCCUUCACCUUCCGCACCAGGGACGAGGAUGCACUGCUCUUCAUGGCGUUGGAUACUGCUAAUAACCGUUCAGUGUCAGUGACACUCCGCGAGUGUCGGGUAGUGUUCACGGUGGAGUACGGCGGGUCGCGGCUGCAGAUCACGGCGGCGGGGCGCCACUGCGGCGGCAGGCCCGCGCAUGUGCAGGCCAUCAGGGUGUUCGCCAGCAACAAGCUGGAGAAAGGCAGCCUGCGCGUGAACGGCGAGGAGACGCUGGGGUCCCCCGCGCCGCCCGUGCAGGCCCCCGCCGCGCUGCCCGACCUCGCGCGGGCCCGCUACUGGCUCGGCGGCGCGCCCCCCGGGGCCCCGGGGCCCGCGCCGCGCCCGCUGCUGGGCUGCGUCGGGGCUGUUACUGUGGACAGGGCGGGCUAUGAUCUCAUGGAUGCACCCACGAGGUUUGGAGUUGAGCCGCGCUGUGGGGAGAGGACGCUCCGCUCAGCCAUCCUCAAAGGCACAGGCUACAUCGAGCUACCAUCCCCCCUCAUCCGUCGCAAGGCCUCCCUGGGCAUCUCCUUCAGGACCCACGCUCCUGACGGGCUGCUGCUUUACCGGCCACCGGCUGUUGACAACGAGCUUACUGAUGAUGGAGAUAAGCAUUACUUCGCACUGGUAAUGAAAGCUGGAGAAUUAGAACUGGUAGCAGAUGCUGGUAAAGGCGAGAUGCGGUUGCGAACCAACGGCACCAGGUUCGAUGAUGGGAGGUUGCAUACUGUCAGGAUCAUUAGGAUGCAUAAACAGCUAGAACUAUGGGUGGAUGAGGAGCAACUGGGCAGCGGUUCGCUCCCGGGCAGCGCGUUCCCCGCGAGACCUGCCGGCAUGUUCCUCGGAGGAGUCAGGGAGACACUCCAAGCGGCUGUCCCGCUUAUUGCUUUUAAAGGAACCUUGGCGGAUUUUAUUGUUGAUGCGCAGCUAAUAGGUCUACAGACGGCAAUAUCGUGGAGUGGGGCCGCCCUGGGCCGCGCGGACGGCUCGCACGCGCGGCCUCCUCGCGCUGAACCACGAGCGCUGCACCAGCAGCCUGACCAUGCUGGCUGUACCAAGACAUCAUCGUACACAGUAGAGGCCGGCGCCGUAAAGUUCGGGGACACAGCACACAGCCACGCGCACCUGCGCCUCCCUCGCUCCCCCGCGCGGCGCCGUGACCUCGCGCUGUCGCUUCAGAUACGCACCUUUGCUACUGACGGCCUGCUGCUGCUGGCGCCGGGUUCCAAAGGAAAACCAAAGCAAUUCAUGGCGCUGGUGCUGCGCGAGAGCAAGCUGCGGCUGGUGGUGCGCAACCGCAAGCGCAAGGAGAUCGCACUCGCCGCCAACGUCAGCGACGGCAACUGGAGACAGGUGUCAAUCCGUGUAUCACGUAACCGAGUGCAGCUAUCAUCAGAGGGCGCUGCGGUAACAGCCCGCACGCAGGCGUCUGCGCGCGCGCAUCGACUGUACGUCGGCGGGUUACCUGCACCACCAGCACUGCCUCACCUGCCUAACUGGAUAACCCUUGUGCGCGGUUUCCUGGGUUGCAUCCGCCGCGUGUCGGUGAACGGUCGCGCGGAGGACCUGGUGCGCGACGCGCAGGCGCAUCACGGCGUCGGACAGUGCUUCCCCAACGUCGAGAGAGCUGCUUACUUCGGAGGCGACGCGUACGCGACAUGGUCCAGCUCGUGGCAGCUGGCGGCGGGCGCGGAGGAGCUGCGCCUGCAGUUCCGCACCAGCGAGCCCGACGGCGUGCUGCUGGCGGCCGCAGGGCUGCUGCUGGAGAUCAAGGAUGGCGCCGUGAGUAUACUGCCGCGUACACUCGUGCUCUACGAGGAGCUGCGCCUGCAGUUCCGCACCAGCGAGCCCGACGGCGUGCUGCUGGCGGCCGCAGGGCUGCUGCUGGAGAUCAAGGAUGGCGCCGUGGUGCUGUCCCGCUCGUGGGGCGGGUCGGAGCGGUCCCGCAUCGCGUGGCGGGCGGCGGGCGGCGGCGCGUGCGACGGCGCGUGGCACUCGGUGCGGGCUCGCCUGCGCCCCGCGCUCGCCCUUCAGCUCGACGACAAUGAGCUGCUGCGAGACUCACCGCCUACAGCAUUGCUCGACGCGCCUGACGCGCCACCACCCACGCAGUUGUACAUUGCUGGACUGCCUGAAGGUGUAAUGGAGACCACGGACGGCGGCAAAAACUUCAACGGCUGCAUCCGAGAAGUCGUUAUAGGAGGACAAAAGAAAGACUGGAAAGAAAUGGAGUCGCUUCACAAUGUCCUACUGGACUCCUGUCCCAUACCACAGUAGACCUUAUGCCUCAAGUUAUAAGGUUCAAAUUCUAAUGUAACGAGCACUAUGCUUCGUUCACACAGUGCCAUGUUUAGCCUAGCGUGGGCCGAGACUUGUACUUAUGAAAUUAAUUGAUGAUUAAGAUUACUGCCAAAAUACCGGCGACAAUGUCUAAUCGAUUUGGUUAUAAGCCAAUGUUCUUUUAAAAUCGUACAUUGUUGUGACUUACUUGCCUCUACCAUUCUUUAUACUUAAUCGAAUGUACUUAUACCAAUGU